UCAACAAGCAGCGUCUGUCUCCUCCUCCCCUGUUCGCUCCUCCUCCAUCUUGUAAACCUAAAAAAACAAACAAACAAACAGGCGACUGACAGAUCUUCUUUCAUUCUACGAUUCAGCAGGGAGAGAGGGAGGGAAGGUAAGGUUCAAUCAGCCAGCCAGCCAGCCAGCCAGCAGACGAACGAUUUGCUCUCGCAAUGAUAAAAACAUUGGCUUUUCCUAGCAGAGUGAGUAAGCAGCCGAUGCGAUUUGUUACUUAUCCAUCAGUAUCAUAUAAAUCAAAUAUCGGAGGUUUUAAACGAUUCAAAUCCUACGGAACGAGGAUGGAGCUUUCUAUUGCUCAACCAGACGAUUGGCAUCUUCAUCUUCGGGAUGGUGAACUUCUUGAAGCUGUUGUCUCUCACAGCGCAAAACAAUUUGGAAGGGCGAUAAUCAUGCCGAAUCUAAGACCACCCGUAACAACCACCGCUGCUGCGGUGGCAUAUCGCGAUACAAUCGUGAAAGCACUGCAAGGCAACACUGACUUCACACCUUUGAUGACGUUGUAUUUAACCGAUAAAACAAGCCCGCAAGAAAUCAAACUAGCAAGAGAGAGUGGGGCUGUGUACGGUGUGAAGCUGUACCCUGCUGGUGCCACCACGAAUUCUCAAGAUGGCGUUACCGAUCUUUUCGGGAAAUGUUUACCUGUGCUCGAAGAAAUGGUUAAUCAGGAUAUGCCUCUUCUGGUCCAUGGAGAAGUUACGGAUCCCGAGAUUGACAUAUUUGAUCGUGAAAGGGUAUUCAUCGAUAGGAUUUUAAAACCGUUGAUACACAAGUUGCCGAAACUGAAGGUUGUUAUGGAGCAUGUUACUACAAUGGAUGCUGUUAAAUUUGUUGAGUCGUGUGAGGAAGGUUGUGUUGCGGCUACGGUCACCCCACAGCAUCUUCUUUUGAAUAGAAAUUCACUUUUCCAAGGAGGAUUGCAGCCGCAUAAUUACUGCCUUCCGGUACUCAAGAGGGAAACUCACAGACAGGCUAUUGUUGCUGCGGUAACAAGUGGAAAUAGAAGGUUUUUUCUAGGAACGGAUAGUGCGCCACAUGACAGGCUACGUAAAGAAUGUGCGUGUGGAUGUGCUGGUGUAUAUAACUCUCCUGUCGCGCUAUCUAUCUAUGCUAAGGUUUUCGAAGAGGCGGGUGCAUUAGACAAACUGGAGGCGUUUACGAGCUUUAACGGGCCAGACUUUUACGGUCUUCCAAGAAACACACGAAAACUCACAUUGAAAAAGACACCAUGGAAGGUUCCGGAAUCAUACUCGUAUGCAUCUGGAAGCUUAGUUCCGAUGUCUGCAGGUGAAUCCCUUGAAUGGCUCCCAUGCUUACCGUGUUAGCUACAAUCGCAUUUCUCCUCUUUCCAAAAUCCAAGAAUAAACUGCUGCCUUCCGUUGCGCAACUCUUGCGAAGCCCGUUAACACGCGGGCAGGACUUUUCUUUUUAUAAAGACCGAUCGCGAGUUAUGUUUAUUCUAUGUUAUUAAAAUGAUUGUGCUGGUUUUGGUCACCAGAAGGUAAGAAUGAAUAAAAAGUAGCUGGAUUAUGAUUUUUGGUAUAUUUUGAUUUCCUUGAAGUAUCUUAAAGCAAAAUGCCUUCAAUAUAUAGGCAAAAAUUCUAAUGUCA